AUGCCCCACACUGUAAGUCCCUCCCGACUACCCGCUUCCGGGGUUCUAAUUCGUUACCAGACUUUGACACUCUGUAGUUUUGCUGCAUGUCGACCGACCAGGCCAAGAAGCAGCAUUCCUCUGCCGUGUCUGUCGGAACCUUUCUUGAGUGUAUACCGGUUGACAACCCCGGGAUCACGGUCGUGUCGAACCAGACAUUUAACGAUGACUCUGUUCCGUCACUCGAAAUGCCAGCCGCGGACGGGUACCUUCUUCGUGGAAUCUGGAGUUGAAACCGAGUAUUCUACUAUUAAUCUUAGACUUCUGAGAGUACGACAUCAAAAUCCUCAGCUUCCACAAGAAAGAACCAAUCGUAUUCCUUACGUCCGCCAUGAAGUAGGUCGAAAAUGCACUCGCGUUGCCUCAAGUGUCGGUCUGGAGAAUUCCAUUCGGCUGCGCUUUUACAUUGCGUCGGUACUCAUCCAAGUGUGA